AUGUCUUCCCUGCAAGAAUUAAACCUAUGGAGCAACAAGUUCACGGGGAAUCUUACAAAGGAUGUUGGGAAUCUUACAACGCUAACCGUCUUAGCAAUUUCAGAAAACUACAUGACAGGGUUUAUUCCCACUGAAAUUGGCCAACUUAACCGGCUGAAAAGUAUAAUUUCAGAAGACAAUAACUUGAGUGGUUCCAUUCCACAUGACCUCUUUAACAUUUCUACUCUUGAAGCUCUUUCAUUUGCUGGGAAUGCCCUCUCCGGAGUUCUUCCAACCACUUUGUGCAAAGAUGAAGCUCUUCCCAUCCUUGAAUAUCUUUUUCUUUGCCAAAAUUCCAUUUUUGGACCAAUACCCAACUCUAUCUCCAAUUGUUCUCAUCUCAGAAUUCUCGCGCUUUAUGGAAACAAAUUGAGUGGUUUCAUACCUACUGAUCUAGGCAACCUAAGACUUCUCCAACGCCUUGAACUGUUCAGCAACAAUCUUUCUUCAAACCUCGAUUUCAUUACCUCAUUGUCAAAUUGCAGGUCUUUAAAUCGUUUGGCUUUAAGUAAUAAUCCUCUGUAUGGCGCCAUUCCACCUUCUAUCGGGAAUUUAUCUUCCUCACUCCAACAAAUCUAUGCCGCCGGCUGCAAAUUGAACGGCGCCAUUCCUGUUCAAAUAGCCAAUUUAACAAGCUUGAUGACCUUGGAUUUACAUGACAAUGGGUUAUCUGGCAAUAUUCCUCUUUCUAUUAAACACUUGCAUAACCUUCAACUGUUAAAUCUUGGUGCAAACAUGUUGCAAGGUCCCUUUCCAGAGGCUAUAUGUUAUUUAUACAACCUGAAUGGUAUAGCGAUUCGCCAAAAUUAA